CGCUGUCUCUCAAAUGAUUUUCAUUUAUUUUAGUCUUUAUUUGAAAUAUUAUUUUAUUUCUUCGCUUAUGUUUUAAUUGUAUUAUCAUUUCUGGCCUUUUGUUUGCCUCUCGAUGUAGUCCUCAGCUGUGAAUCCAUGCAAUUCAAUGCAAACAUGAGUUUUGUGUCCAAAUAGUUGUCAAUCACUCGGAACCGCUCAUAGUUGUCAACAAAACAAGUGAUUUGUUGCCACAAUCGACACACAAAUCGCAUAAUUAUCUCAUUUGUCGCCAACACAUACCACGAAGACAUGGAGCAGGAAAACAACGUUAGGGUUGCGCUCAGGAUUCGGCCACAACUGCCCAAAGAAGUGAUAGACAUGUGUAAGACGUGCACAAGAGUCCUACCAAAUGAGCCACAGGUAUGGCUCGGAGCAGAUAAGGCCUUCACA